AUUUCUUCUUCUUUAAUAUAUUUUCCCUAUUUUCUAUGUGUCCUAGUGUUAUCUGGACCACCUACUGUAAAUUACAACAAUCCCUCAUAUAUCAGAAACUGAACACAUUAAAUAUUUACACUUUAUUACUAGUGAAUACAUACUAAUAAGUGUUUGCAUUUAACAGCAAUUUGUAGUAUUGUUUUACGGGAAAGAAGAAAGAGACUCAUUCAUCUGGAGACUUCAGCUCACUGUCGGUAAAGUUCAGUAACUCAUUUUCGCGCCGUUGUGGCUGUCAUCGAGGUCAGCUAGCAGCUAGCACACAGCUGACUUGACUUUUGCAGCUGAUGUUUGCUGCCUGUUGACAUUACUAAUUACUUAAUAGUAUUGGUAAGACACUGCUUUAACGGUAGCUUGUAUUUAUAUGUCUCAGUCUUUCACUAGAUACACCUGAAGGUUAAUGAAGUCACAACUAAUUUAGCUCGUCAGUUCAGUUUAGCUAGCUAGGUUAGCUAGUUAUCCUCCUGCUGGUAACGUUAGCUAACUUUUGGGGCGCUUGAGUUUCUUUUUAAUUUCAAGACAAAUUUGUCAUUCUUUUUUAAAUACAGUCACUUCAGCGGGGAUGAUUAUGAUGAGGAAAGCCUCCAGAAAUGUUGGGAAGUACACACUGACACAAAAAUCCCAGCAGUACAAGAGGACUCAUUGUCGGGCCCGUCCGGCCAGAACCAUCAUGACUCGCAGCCAACGAAACGUUCACAGCUGCGGCAGCUUCUUCCACAGGCUGCCGUCAGAGGUGCUCCACAUGAUCCUGGAUAAACUGUCUGUGCUGGAGAUCAGUGUGUUCAGCAUGGUGUCCAAGGAAAUCACUAGAUACCUUGUGGACUACAUCUCCACCCUGCCCUGGAAAAAUAUGAUCAUUCAAAGCUUUCACCACUGCACCUGCCUUGAACAGAAAUCCGCUAUACGACACUACAGAGACCUGGGUUUGUUGUUCAAGAGAUGUACCCUGUUGCUACCAACAAAGGACAGGUUAAAGUUUAUCUUUAGCCAGUUUUCACAGAUUCCCUGCUUCAUGUUGGAGCAGUGUUUAGCAGCAGACUGCAUUGGCUUCUCCAGCUACGGAGUCUUCCUCCAGACACUGAUUGCAGGGUGGGAUGAGCUGGAGUGCCACAGAGUGUUCAACUUCCUGUGUGACCUCACAAAUCUGCUACAAAAAAUUCAGGCAGUCAUCACUGGAAAACCAGGGUUGAGGUGGUACCAGGAGCUGCAGCUCCGUCUAUUCUGCCGUCAGGUUCUGUUAGACCCGUGGCCGAACCAGCCCGAGUGUCAGUUCUGGCUAAUGCAGCUCCUGAAGCCUUGGCCCAUUGUCAGCCAGGCACACUUACUGUUCAUCUUCUAUGGACCUCUGCUUCCUGAGGGCACUCUUGGUUGGCAGGAUGUGGUGGAGAGGGGGCUGCCUCACAGCGCUCUGUGGGACCUGGCCAGGGCCAUCCUCCUGCUUUUCAGCAAACUAGAAGUCAAAGACAGGACCACCACUUCGAUGCUGGCAAUCUUGGAGGAGCUCAUUGUCAUUCCUCAGCCAUGGCAUGUGGAGAAUGUGGCUCGUCUCUUGGUGCUGUGUGGCAACAGCCUCUGCUACACUGUUCUAGCCAGCAAGGCUGUCAAUGGACGACUUAUUGAGAUCUCCAGACUCAUCGUGUACAUCAUACUGGUGUGUGAGAAGGACGGCUAUCACAUGUCCUGGGCGGUGAAGUUGGUGCAGCAGAUCUGCAAGGUGUUCAGCACGGCUGCUGAAAGGUUCUUCUUCAUCCAGCAACUGGAGAGCACGUUUUCAGAGGUCACCAGGCAGUUUUUUGAGUUUUCUAUCGCAGAGAACCAUUUUGAAGACAGGGAGACCUUCCAGUCCCUGUGCAUCCUCCUGGACUCCAGUGCUCGCUUCCACACUAAAUUCCUCCACAUGUUCCUCAAAUAGGAAUGACAAGAUGUAUAAGAUUGGAGGAGGAGUUGGAAAGAAAGAAAUGCCAAUAAUGAAGGGGGUUAACUAAAGAAGUGAACGAAAGUGAGAGUGAAGGACCUUUACAGCAAAAGUAAGAUCAAAUGGGAGGUGAAGACAGGGGAGUGUUGUCAUGGUAGCCUUGACAGUUUAGAUAAAUCUGGGGCUAUAAACAACACCACAUUUGUUGGUUGAAAGAGCUGUUUAAUAACUUUGGCUAAACAGCAUGGUUAUUUAUACAAAUUUUAUAUUUCUCAAAGUUUUAAAAUCUUGUUCUUCUUAAACAUCUUGCAUGUUUUAUGAACUGUAUUUAAUAUUUAUUAACAGUAACAUAAUUUAUUGACACUAUUAUUUAUUCAC